CAUCAACACAGGACUUUUGAGUUUUGACACAUUGAAAGUUGUAAACUAGGCGAAUCAGAACCCAACACUGUAUUCACUUUCAGAUUCUUAAGAGAAGAAAGAGUGCGAUAAUAAUUUGAAUAAUUUAAUGCUCCAUUCUUUCCAAAUCAGUUAUUUGAGUCUUCAAUUUCAAACAUAAAUCAAGGCCAAAAGUUUCCCAACACAUCACAAAACCAAUACAAACCUAAGAUUUUCGACAUGGCUGAGAAACAGCUCAUCGUUGCCGUCGAAAGUACUGCUGCGUUGGGACCCUAUUGGGAUGCCAUUCUAAUGGAUUAUCUCGAGAAGAUUAUCAGGUGUUUUGGUGGAAAUGACUCAACUGGACAGAAGCCUUCUGCUUCCAAUGUGGAGUUUGCUCUCGUCACCUUUAAUACUCAUGGAUGUUAUUCUGGUUGGCUUGUGCAACGAACUGGUUGGACUAGAGACCCAGAUGUUUUCUUCCUGUGGCUAUCAUCUAUACCCUUCAAUGGUGGUGGUUUUAAUGAUGCAGCAAUUGCUGAAGGGCUUUCUGAAGCUCUGAUGAUGUUCCCAAAUUCUCAAAGCGGAGGCCCUAAUCAGCAGAGUGUGGACAUGCAUAAGCAUUGUAUCCUUGUUGCAGCAAGUAAUCCCUAUCCGUUGCAGACACCAGUUUAUGUUCCGCGACAACAGAACCUAGAGCAGACUGAAACCAUUGACUCAGACCCAGGGAGCCGGUUAUAUGAUUCUGAAGCUGUAGCUAAAGCAUUUCCUCAGUUUUCUAUUUCUCUGUCAGUCAUCUGCCCAAAACAACUUCCCAAAAUUAAAGCCAUCUACAAUGCGGGAAAACGAAAUAGUAGAGCAGCUGAUCCACCAGUUGAAGCUAAAAACCCUCAUUUUCUUAUUUUAAUAUCAGAAGGUUUCAAGGAAGCCCGGAGUACUUUGAGUCGCUCGGGGAUAACAAGUUUGCCUUCAAAUCAAAGUCCUGUUAAAGUAGAUUCUGUUUCUGUCACACCAGUUACAGGGGCACCCCCAACUUCUAUGCCAUCAGUUAAUGGAUCUAUUGCAAACCGGCAACCAGUUUCUGCUGGGAAUGUGGCUCCUGCUACUGUAAAAGUGGAGCCAGUUCCUGUAACAUCUAUGGUAUCUGGACCUGCUUUUCCUCAUAAUUCAUCAGUUCCUCGUGCUACUAGUACUAGCCAAGGAGUUCCGAGCUUGCAGACGUCUUCUCCAUCUUCUGUUUCUCAAGAUAUUAUAUCAAAUAAUGAAAAUGCUCAGGAUACAAAGCCUACAGUGUCAAUGCUGCAGCCGCUUCGACCAGUGAAUCCCGCGCAAGCAAAUGUGAACAUUUUGAACAAUCUCUCUCAAGCACGGCAGGUGAUGAACUCUGCUGCCUUAAGUGGUGGAACCUCCAUGGGACUUCCGACAAUGGGUCAGACUCCUGUUGCCAUGCACAUGUCAAACAUGAUAUCUAAUGGGAUGACAUCUUCUGUACCUGCGGCUCAAAAUGUAUUUUCAUCUGGACAGUCAGGAAUAACAUCAAUUACUAGUUCUGGACCUCUUACUGUUCCUGCACAGGUUGGACAAAAUUCAGGUCUUGGUUCGUUAACUUCAAACACUUCUAAUUUGUCAUCAAGUUCAAACAUCGGGAUUACACAAUCUUUGGGUAAUCUUCAAGGGCCUGUUAGUAUGGGACAACAGGUGUCUGGUAUGAGCCAAGGAAACAUUUCUGGGGCCCAAAUGGUUCAAGGUGGAGUUAGCAUGAACCAAAAUGUAAUGAGUGGUCUUGGUCCAUCAGUUGUCUCUUCUGGGACUGGCACGAUGAUUCCUACUCCAGGAAUGUCUCAACAAGGACAAUCAAGCAUGCAGCCACUUGUGAACAAUGCUGCAGCUAAUAUGCCCUUGUCACAACAGACAUCAGGUGGUAUGCAAUCAGCACAAUCCAAAUAUCUCAAGGUCUGGGAGGGAAGCUUGUCUGGGCAAAGACAAGGGCAGCCAGUAUUUAUCACCAAACUUGAAGGUUACAGGAAUUCUUCUGCCUCUGAAACACUUGCAGCAAACUGGCCCAAUGUAAUGCAAAUAGUUCGGCUUAUAUCUCAGGACCACAUGAAUAACAAACAAUAUGUAGGAAAGGCAGAUUUUCUAGUUUUUCGGGCAAUGAACCCGCAUGGAUUUCUUGGUCAGCUGCAGGAAAAGAAGCUGUGUGCAGUUAUUCAAUUACCAUCACAGACGUUGCUACUAUCUGUUUCUGACAAAGCCUUCCGCUUGAUUGGGAUGCUUUUUCCUGGGGAUAUGGUUGUGUUUAAGCCACAAUUGUCCAGUCAGCAGCAGCAACAAAUGCAACAGCACCAGCAGAUGCAAUCACAACAGCAGCAUCUGCCACAGUUGCAACAACAGCAGCAGAUUCCUCACAUGCAGCAACAACAGCUUCCUCAGCUCCAACAACAACAGCAGCAACUUCCUCAGCUACAACAGCAGCAACAGCUUCAGCAGCAGCAGCAGCAACAACAACAACAGCAGCAGCAGCUUUCCCAGAUGCAACACCAACAGCAGCUUCCACAAAUGCAGCAACAGCAGCAGUUGCCUCAGCUUCAACAACAACAACUCCCUCAACUACAGCAACAGCAGCAGCUUCCACAAUUGCAGCAACUGCAACCUCAGCAGCAACAGAUGGUUGGGGCUGGAAUGAGUCAAGCCUAUGUUCAAGGCCCUGCAAGGUCACAGUUGGUUUCUCAGGGACAAGUUUCAUCACAAGGAGCAACGAACAUUGGUGGAGGGGGCUUCAUGAGUUAGCUCAAUUUUUCAUAGGUCACCCCACAACUAAUGCAGGAUCUGUUGUUUAUAAUGUUCUGGCAUCUGUAUAAUAUUCUAGCAUCUAGUUGCAAGGAUUCAACUCAUAAUUGUCACUCAUUGUAGGUCCUAAUCACCACAACGGUAGUGUGCCCAUUUGAUUUCUUCAGCUAUUUAGCCUAAAAACUUGGGCUAAAUAAUCGAGAGCAUGUUGGAAAGUUAGUUUCAACGUGUUGAUUAUGAAGUUGGGCAGAAUUGAUUAUAAUAAAAAAUGUUUUUAAACUGUAGAUCGUAACUGAGAUGUGUAGGAUCGAUUGUGUAGAAACGAGCACCAAAGUUGUGUUGAAUUGGAUAAGUUAUUCAAGAGGACUUGAGCAUGUUCCUAUUAUGACAAGUAAUUUUUAUUCUUUAGAUAUAU